AUGGCCGUGCUUCGCGCUUUCCUGGUGCUCCUCUGUACGCUACUCGUCGCCGUGCACCUGUCCACCGCGCUGUUGGGAGACGCGCACACGAGCGCGGAUGUGAAAGCGAUCCGCUCUCUCAUGGAUGACGGAGCAGAUUCGGUUUAUGCGAGGGCUGCUGGCGCUCUGGCGGCAGAUGACCUGCUCUCCCCGCUGCAGGGAGACGCGGAUGCUUACGUGGAAAUGGUGGAGGCUACGAGGAGGAGUCUGGAUGAGGAGCAGAAGAGGAGGGAUGAGGAGCAGAAGAGGAGGGAUGAGGAGCAGAAGAGGAGGGAUGAGGAGCAGAGGAGGAGGGAUGAGGAGCAGAGGAGGAGGGAUGAGGAGCAUAAGAAGAGGGAGGAAGAGAGGAUGAGGGAUGAGCAGCAGAAGAGGAUGGAUGAGGAGAAUAGGAGGAACAGUGAAGAUGAUAAGAGGAGGAAGGAGGAGGAUAAUAAGAGGAAGGAAAGGGAGAAGAAGACUAAGGAUGACGAGAACAAAAGGAGGGAGGAGGACAAGAGGAGGGAUCAGGAGCAGAAGAGGAGGGAUGAGGCGCAUAAGAGGGAGGACGAGGAGCAUAUGAAGAGGGAGGACCAGAGGAUGAGGGAUGAGCAGCAGAAGAGGAAGGAUGAGGAGAAUAGGAGGAACAGUGAGGAUAGUAAGAGGAGGAAGGAGGAGGAUAAUCAGAGGAAGGAAAGGGAGAAGAAGACGAUGGGUGACGAGAAUAAAAGGAGGGAGGAGGACAAGAGGAGGGAUCAGGAGCAAAAGAGGAGGGAUGAAGAGCAUAAGAAAGAGGAUGAGGAGCAUAAGAAGAGGGAGGACCAGAGGAUGAGGGAUGAGCAGCAUAGGAGGCAUUAG